UUGGAAAAAUAUAAAAGAUUCUCAAGACGAGAAAAUAAUGAUGAAAUAUGUAAAGUAUGCUCAUAAAUUUUGCAUUAGCGAAUUGUCAGUUUAUGCAAUUACUUCUUGUACAUAUUUUGGCGAAUUUUUAUUAAUUUACUUUACAAAUUCAUCGGGCAAAAGAAUAUUGUUAAUACCAGCAACAUAUCCUUUUGAUAUCAAUCCUUUACCACUUUUUAUAGUUGCAUCAAUUUUUCAAUCUGUUCUAUUUGGAUGUUGGACUUGUGCUAAUGCUUUGUCUGAAACUUUACUUGCAACAUUGAUAUUUCAUCUUGUGGGUAGGAUUGAAAUUUUACGGAAUGAAAUCGGAAACAUUUCUUUUCCUCCAAAGACAGUAAACAGCAAACGUUAUUUAAUAGAUUUUAUUAAAAAAAUUGUAAACCAACACAGGAAACUUAUAAUUAUAAGUCAAAAAAUUGAAGCCAUCUACAGUUAUAUUUGCUUAAUUCAAUUUUUCACAAGUACUAUCACGUUAUGUCUUGCCGGAUAUUUAAUCAUUACUGUGGAUGAAUUGGAUUUAGUUUUAAUACUAAAGUACAUUUCUUUUAUACUUCUUAUGUUACUUCAGUCUUUUGCUAUCUGUUGUUGUGGAGAAAUUUUAUUAACUAAGAGCUCAAGUAUUCCUCAAAGUAUAAGCGAUUGUUCGUGGUAUGAGACAUCGCCAGAAAACAUUAAGCUCUUACUAAUGAUUAUUAUGAGAACACAAAAGCCAAUGAUGCUGACGGUUGGAAAAUUUACUGAAUUGUCUCUUAGAGGUUUUACAAAAAUUUUGCAGACAUCUGUUUCAUAUUUGUCUGUACUGCGAACAGCAUAUUAAUGAUGCAGAAACAUGUGUCCGUACUUUGUCAGCCUUUCAAGAAACUAGAGUAUUUUUCUAUAGAAAUGUUUUAGGAUAAUAUUUAACUUGAUAUUCACCCGAGUUUGAGUUUGGUGUAUAAAAAACUAAUUUGAGUAAUAAGGUUAAAAUAUGAUAAACAAAUAAGUUUGUCGCCAAU